AUGAAGACCUCAACCACCGUCUAUGUUCGCGUGGUGGAUGAGAAUGAUAACGCUCCGGAAUUCCCUGAGGAGGAGUAUGUCACGGUGCUGAGCGAGGGGCCGGAGACAGUCGGAGCCACCAUCGCCACGGUUACAGCCAUCGAUCCAGACGAGGGUCUGAACGGAACGCUGCGAUAUGCCAUCGCCGCGGGCAACAUCAUUCAGACCUUUAACAUCAACAGCAUCACGGGUCGGAUCACGGCUGUGAAGGAGCUGGACUAUGAGAUCAGCAAUGGGCAUUAUGCACUGGUUGUUACAGCGACUGACCAGUGUCCACAACCUGCUCUUCGCUUGACAUCUAGCACAACUGUGCUGGUGAAUGUCUUAGAUGUGAAUGAUGUGACGCCCACUUUCCCCAGAGCCUACGAGGGGCCAUUCGAUGUCACCGAGGGCCAGCCGGGGCCCAGGGUGUGGACUGUAAGGGCCAGUGACGAAGAUUCGGGUCUGAACGGCAAAGUGGAGUACAGCAUCACUGGUGGCGAUCACCAAAAUGAGUUCAUGGUUUCUCCUGUGGAAGGCGAGCUUCGAGUCAGGAAAGACGUGGAACUGGACAGGGAGACCACGGGCUUUUAUAAUAUCACGGUCACAGCCAGAGACCUGGGCAGCCCGUCCCGCAAUAGCUCGGUGGUGGUCGGAGUCCAUGUCCGGGACAUAAAUGAUAAUGACCCAGUUAUCCUCAACCUGCCUUACAACACAAGUGUGAGUGAAGGGGCCUCCAUACACACCUCGGUGGCCAGGGUGCGAGCACGAGACGCGGACAGUGGACGCAACGCUCUGCUCACUUAUAACAUCACAGCAGGGAACCCCGGCGGAGCCUUCUACAUCAAUGACACAACUGGUGUGGUACAGGUGAACAGACCACUUGACCGAGAGCGGACAGCUGAGUACACGCUCACCAUCACUGUGCAGGACAACCCAGAGAACCCCCGCAUUGCUCGCAGGGACUCAGACUUCUUGGUCAUCACCAUCCUGGAUGAGAAUGACAACAAGCCCAUAUUUACCAGGACCAGCUACAGAGCAGAGAUCACUGAGAACUCAGCAGCAGGCAGCACUGUAACUGUUCUAAAUGGACCUGUUCUGGCAGAGGACAAAGACAUCGGGCCCAAUUCUGUGGUGAAGUACCGCCUCCUGGGAACAAGAGUGGACCUCUUCACCGUCCACCCUGAGACUGGUGUCAUACUGGUGCGUCAGGGGGCAAAGCUGGACCGCGAAGCAUUUCAAGAACCCCGGGUCGAGUUGAUUUUGGUUGGGGAGGACAUAGGUGGUUUGAACAACAGUGUUCCCCUCACAGUUACAAUCCUGGACCAGAAUGACAACCCCCCCGUCUUUAGCCCAUCCAGCUUUAGUGUCCGGCUCCCGGAGAACAGCCCCACAGGUGUGGUGGUGACCCAGCUGUCCGCCACUGAUGCCGACUCUGGCUCCAACGGCUGGCUGACGUAUCGUUUGGAAAGCGGCGCUCAGGACCGUUUCGUGGUCGACCCACUCUCCGGCGCCGUCCUGGUGGGCAACUCCACGCUUGACAGGGAAGAGCGUGGCUCCUAUCGCCUCGUCGUGAUGGCAACCGACCGGGGCACGCCCCCUUUGUCAGGAACUGCCACCCUGACGGUCAUCCUGGACGACGUCAACGACUCGAGGCCGCGCUUCAAAGAGCCUGUGACCAUGAUCAACGUCAAUGAGUCCACCCCACCAGGUGUGGUGGUCGCCACCCUGACCGCAGAGGACCCUGAUCUACACCCCCGGCUGGAGUAUUACAUCAUCUCAGUGGAGGCGAAGGACGACGGGAACAAUGCAGUGGUUGGCCUGCAGGACUCCUUCGGCAUUGAUCUCCACACAGGUGCCGUUUUUGUGCGCAACCCGCUCAACAGAGAGCUAGUGGCUACGUUUGAGAUCAUUGUAUCGGUCCAUGACAACGCCAGUGAUGUCAUCGAUCAGUCCGGCAGCGUUCCAAAUGCGAGACUCACCAUCAACGUGUUGGACGUGAACGACAACGCGCCUCGCUUUCGGCCCUUCGGAGUGACCAACUUCACGGAGAAGAUUUUAGAAGGGGCUCAACCAGGCACAACGCUGCUGUCAGUGUCAGCUGUGGACCCGGAUAAAGGUCCCAACGGACAGGUCAUCUACCAGCUGCUGCACCUGCCUCGAGGAGGAUAUGUGAGGCUGGAGGACCCUGCCACUGGAAAGAUCGUCGCCAACCAAACGGUGGAUUUUGAGCAAAUACAGUGGCUGAAUUUCACCAUACGGGCUCAAGACCACGGCAGUCCUCCAAGAAGCGCUGAGCUGCCAGUUUAUCUGCGCAUAGUGGAUGUCAAUGACAACAACCCUGUGUUUCUACAACCCUCCUAUCAGGAGCCCGUGUUUGAGAAUGUGAACUUGGGUACCACAAUAGUCCGCGUCAGAGCUACGGAUGCUGAUUCUGGCCUCUUUGCUGUCAUUGAGUACAGCCUCGUUGACGGAGAGGGCAAGUUUGGCAUCAAACCGUCCACUGGAGAGAUCUACAUCCUCUCCCCUCUGGACAGGGAGACAAAGGAUCAUUACACUUUAACGGCCCUGGCCCGAGACAACCCUGGUGGAAGCCCCAACAACAGAAGAGAAAACUCUGUCCAGGUCCUGGUGACAGUCCUGGAUGUCAAUGACUAUCGGCCCCGCUUCACACAGCGAGUGUAUAACACCAGCGUGUUUGAGAACGAGCCCAGUGGUACGUCCAUAAUCACAGUCACCGCCGUUGACCUGGAUGAAGGCGAGAACGCUGCCAUGCUCUACAGCAUCCUCGGAGCACAUUCAGAUGCAUUUUACCUCGAUCCGAACACGGGGCUGGUGCGUUCUCAGCGCCUGCUGCAGUCCUCUGAACGCUUUAACUUCACUAUGGUGGCUACAGACCAGGGACGGCCUCCUCUGUGGGGCACUGCAGACCUGAUCAUCACAGUCAUCGACGUCAAUGACAACAGGCCUCUGUUCGUCAGGCCAGCUAAUGGAACUAUUAUCCAUAUCUCUGAGGAGCAGCCUCCAGGCCUGCCGGUGUAUGAGGUGCACGCCACAGACUCUGACGAGGGCGUGAACGGAGAGGUCCGCUACGCCUUCUUGCAGACAGGAGCGGGGAACAGAGACUGGGAAAACUUCCGCAUCGACGCCACGUCUGGAGUCAUCACCACGUCUGUGAAGCUGGACAGAGAGAAGCAGGCCCUCCACAGCCUUAUCAUUGUGGCCCGGGACCUGGGUCAGCCAGUGCCUUAUGAGACCACCCAGCCCCUGCAGGUGGCGCUGUUGGACAUUGAUGACAAUGAGCCAGUCUUCCUCAAGCCGCCGCGGGGCAGCUUGCCUUAUCAGAAGCUAACGGUGCCUGAGCACUCCCCCCCGGGCACUGUGGUGGGGAACAUAACCAGAGCCGUGGACGCCGACGAGGGCUCCAAUGCCAUCGUUUACUAUUUCGUUGCAGGCGGAAACAGCGAUGGAAACUUUGGCCUGAGUUUAGAUGGUGAGCUGAAGGUGCUUAAGGAUCUGGACAGGGAGGAGACGCCGGUCUACUCCAUCAUAAUUAAGGCUUCCAGCAACCGGAGCUGGACUCCGCCCAGGGGUCAGAGGUCAUUACGAGCCAAAGCCUUGGAUCCCUCUCAUGACCCAAGCCUAUUGGAAGUCCAGAUUGAACUGGAAGACAUCAAUGACCAGACCCCGCGCUUCACUAAGGCAGAAUACACUGCAGGAGUCGCGGCUAACGCCAAAGUGGGUUCAGAGUUAAUCAAGGUGGUGGCCAUAGACAUUGACAUUGGCAACAACAGCAUAGUCCAAUACCAUAUUGUUACCAUCCGCUACUACCAGUCCCAGAGCAACGGCAGUGAGGAUGUGGGCAGCAUCUUCAUCAUUGGUUUGGCGGAUGGAAUCAUCCGCACCUAUGACCUCUUCACAGCCUACAGCCCAGGCUACUUUCAGCUGGAGAUUUUAGCUUGCGACUUUGCCGGACACAGCACCACCGCAAACGUGAACAUCUACAUUCUCCGAGACGACCAGAGGGUCAAGAUAGUCUUCAAUGAGAUUCCCGACUUGGUUCGUGAAAACCAGGAAGAAUUCAUCAACCUCCUGUCCAACAUCACCGGAGCCAUCGUAAACCUAGAUGACAUACAGUUCCAUGUGGAUAAGAAGGGCAGAGUGAAUUAUGCUCAGACGGACAUGCUCAUCCACGUCGUCAACAAUCAGACCAACACCAUCCUGGAUGUGGAAAGGGUAAUCCAGAUGAUCGAUGAGAACAAGGAGCAGCUGAGGAGCCUGUUCCGGACGUUCAACGUUGUGGACGUCCAGCCUGCUGUUGGUGACCAGCUGCCCGACGACAUCACCACCCUUCAGCUGGUCAUCAUUAUCCUGGCGGUGCUGCUGUGCUUGGCGGGAAUUUUGUUUGUAACAAUGAACUGGCAUUAUCGCAGAGUACAUCAGAGGAAGCUGAAAGCGAUCGUGGCAGGAUCGAGUGGAAACCAGGGUCUGAUGGACAUUCUGGACAUGCCCAACACUAACAAGUACUCCUUUGAGGGGGCUAAUCCAGUGUGGUUGGACCCUUUCUGCCGGAACCUUGAGCUGGCCGCUCAGGCCGACCAUGAGGACGACCUGCCCGAGAACCUGAGUGAGAUAACUGACCUGUGGAACAGCCCUGCGCGUACCCAUGGCACCUUUGGUCGAGAGCCUCAAGCACGGCCUGAGGAUGACCGUUACCUAAGAGCAGCCAUUCAGGAGUAUGACAACAUUGCUAAGCUCGGCCAGAUCAUGAGGGAGGGGCCAAUCAAGGGUUCCCUGCUCAAGGUGGUCCUGGACGACUACCUGAGGCUAAAAACGCUCUUUGCAGCCCGACUCGUCACAGUCUCCACCAGCCAGGGAGACCACUCCUCCGUCACUGAGGUGGGCUCUGAACCGGGCCGCCUGCUGCAGGACAACCGUCUGAUCCAGAGCGAUCUGGACGAGGAUGAGGACGAGCACCUGGGCAUGGGUGGAGGCCGCGGCACUUUGCGCUUCAAGCACAAGCUCCCCGUGGAGCUGAAGGGUCCCGAAGGUGUGCACGUGGUCCACGGCAGCACGGGCACCCUCCUGACCUCUGACCUCAACAGCCUCCCCGAGGACGACCAGCGGGCGCUGGCCCGUUCUCUAGAGGCCCUGAACGCCGACGGGGGGUUGUACUCGGAGCACAACGCCCGCACAGAGUCGGCUAAGUCCACCCCGAUGCACCGCCACAAGGGGGGGGACGCCCUGUCCCAAAGUCCCCUGGAGAUCACCGAGUUAUGA